AUGGACAACGUCACCUCCUUCACCUACUUCCUCCUGGUGGGCAUCUCCAGCUCCCGGGAGCUCCAGGUUUUGCAAGGUCUGCUGUUCCUGGUGAUCUAUCUGGGAGCCUUGAUGGGGAAUCUUAUCACCGUUGCUCUUAUUGUGACAGACACACGCCUUCACGCUCCAAUGUACUUCUUCAUAAGCAAUCUGUCCCUCUUAGACCUUGGCAGCAUCUCAGUGAUUGUUCCCAAAUCCAUUGUUAAUUCCUUGACAGGCCGUCGGGCCAUCUCACUGCAGGAAUGUGCUGCACAGAUCUUCCUUUACAUACUUUUUGCCACUGUAGAGUUUGCGCUCCUUGUGGUCAUGUCCUAUGACCGCUACGUUGCCAUCUGCCACCCUCUGCACUACGGGCUGGUGGUCACGCCGCGCAUGUGCAUUCAGGCCGCCGGCGGCUCCUGGGCCUGCGGGCUGGUCUACUCUGCCAUCCACACGGGCUCCAUGUUCAGGCUUCCCUUUACAAAGACCAACCUGAUCCACCAGUAUUUCUGUGAUAUGCCUCAGAUUUUGAGGCUCUCAUCUCCCGACGUCCAGUUUUCUGAGUUCGUCAUCAUUGCCGCAAGUGCUGGCCUCGUGGUGGUGUGUGCCGUCUUCGUCUUGAUGUCAUAUAUCAACAUAUUCUCAACCGUGCUCAAGAUCUGUUCGGCGGAAGCCCGCAGCAAAGCCUUAUCCACCUGUGUCCCACAGCUGGCGAUUCUCCUCCUGUUUGUGAUUUCUGGGUCAGUGGCUGUCUUAGGGCCCGUGGCAACGGAAGGAUCCCUUAAAAAUCUGCUGACAGCCAUGUUCUACACCAUGGUCCCCCCCUUCACCAACCCCAUCCUCUACAGUCUGAGGAACAGGGAGAUUAAUGCUGCUCUCAGUAGGAUGUUCAACAGGCAUACCGAGUUCCCAAUCUAA